AUGGAAGAAGAAUGGGGUUGCUCGGCAUUGGGCACAUCUGCCAACGACAGCGGAGUGUCGACGAUCGACUCGACGUGUUCGGUUCAGUUGCAAUUGAACUCUCCUGCUCACAAGGAUACCAUUGUUGAGAUACUCAUGAACGAGCACAAUAACAACGUGACAGCUCAAAUCGACGUUGUCAAGUUGCUCGAGUUAAAGUCGACCGAUGAGGAUGACGAUGAUCAGCAUUCGAAUUCGAGCAGCUUGGAAUCAAUUACUUCUCUUCGCAAUCAUCAAGGAAGUCAAGAAAGAGACGACGAGGAAGACGACGGCGGAUCUGGGUCCACAUCGUGCUCAGAGGAUUCUUUUGAGAUGUCAAGUGCGUGCAGUAUUCAACAGGCCAAUGGUAAACGCUGUAAGCCAUCGUCAUCAUAUUCGGUUGAUUCGUUUAUUGCCGCCGCGAAAAAAGCAGCAUUUAAGCCAGUGAGUCCCUCGUUUGAGAAAAUCCGAAGUCGAGUGGCCAAUCAGAUUGAUCAGCUUGAUACAGGUCUUCCGAACUUGGAUUUUGACAAACUUGAAAAACAACUGACGACCGCAGCUCAGGAAAGAGAAGACCUAGAACGAAGAAUGCUUGGAGAAGAGGUUUGCUAUAUGAAUGAAAUGAGUGAAAGCGAAACUGACAAUGAUGAUGAUGAUGACGAUGAUGAAUCCGAAGAUGAUUCAGAUAUUGAGUGCAUGGUGCGGAAAAGCAAAUCGGCGCCGAAUUUGAAAAAUGCACUGAAAAGUUCAAAUCGCGAAGCUCAGAAGAUCAAACAAAUCACUGAAAAACUUCACAGAGAUGAAGAUUUAACGAAUGAAGAUCGCGCAGCUCUAUUGAAGUUUGAAAACCAACGGGUUACAUUCAUUGCCAAGAACAAGGCGGAUACAUCACUUUCCGAUUAUAGAAGGGGUAAAUCGAAAGCCAGCGAUGUUCCACGACAAGCACGGCAAUAUUUGAGUAAAAUGAAAAUAAGAGAGAUUGAUGCAAUACGGCAACUGAUUGAAAACGCAAUAGCAAAAAAGAAUAUGGAGCUGGUGCAACUUUUACUGGAGCGUGAUAGUUUACACAUGGAGCAUGACUCGUUGAGAGUUGAUAUUGAUGACUUGACUCAACAAGAUCAGGCGUCUCGAAUGGAUUUCAAGCAGUUGCUCAAACUCCAAGAAGAUAUUGAAAAUGUUCAAAUUGAGACCCCUCGCAUUGAAUACCCAAAGCAACUACCUAUUGAAAAGAAGCCGGAUACUACAAAGAAGCCGGUAACACCGGUGACACCAAUGACAACCCCAACCACACCGACUAUUUCACUUUCAUCUGUUUUCCCACCUUCUUUUAGCAUUUCGUCAUUAUUCAAACGAUAA